CCAGGGAAAGGCGGGGCGGGCUCGCUGUCGUCCGUGUGUUCGCCUGGUCAGGCUCCUGGGCCGAAGAAGGCGGAUACUGUUGGGGUAUCCUGUAAUCCAUCUCUUGCAGAAGAGGCUUGACAGGCUCUCGGUUUUAUUUCCGCUCAAGAAAUAGCAAAUAAGAUGGUGGUCAGCUGCAGCGCUGCUUUUCAGUACUGGUACAGGCUGCUUGACGAUGUGGCAGCAUAAAGUGCAAGGACAAAGAAUUGUGCAUCCACCUUUAAAUACAUUCAAAAUGUGUGGUGGGAAAAAAUCUUACUUUGCUGCUGCUGUGUGCAUUGUUACUCUAUCUUUGAUGGUCACACUUUCUUAUCUUAGGUUACAGAGACUUUCUCACCUGCCAAAAAUAAUUCAGGAAAGUAGCAGAUGUAGAGGGGAAAUUAUCAAUAGCACGAUAACAGCAUUGAAAGAUAACAGAACUUUUAUUAUCUCCCCAUACUUCGAUGACAGAGAAGACAAAGUCACUCGUGUGAUUGGGAUUGUUCACCAUAAAGAUGUAAAAGAACUCUACUGCUGGUUCUGCUGCCAGCCCAGUGGGAAUAUAUAUGUAUCAAAAGCAAAGAUUGAUGUUCACUCAGACAGAUUUGGCUUCCCCUAUGGCACAGCAGAUAUAGUUUGUUUGGAACCCACGACCUGCAAUCCAACACAUGUAUCAAUUAAUCAGUCUCCACAUGGAAAUAUUGACCAGCUCCCGAGGUUUGAAAUUAAAAACCGCAAGGCUGAGACCUUCUCUGUUGACUUCACUGUUUGCAUCUCUGCCAUGUUUGGAAAUUACAACAAUGUCUUGCAGUUUAUACAAAGUGUGGAAAUGUACAAGAUCCUUGGGGUACAGAAAGUGGUGAUCUACAAGAACAACUGCAGCCACCUGAUGGAGAAAGUCUUGAAGUUUUAUGUGGAUGAAGGAACUGCAGAGAUAAUUCCCUGGCCAAUAAAUUCACACCUUAAGAUUUCUUCUAACUGGCAGUUCAUGCAAGAUGGAACAGAUAUUGGCUAUUAUGGGCAAAUCACAGCUCUGAACGACUGUAUAUACCGUAACAUGCAGAGGAGCAAGUUUGUGGUUCUCACUGAUGCUGAUGAAAUAAUUCUUCCCCUUAAGCAUCCAGACUGGAAAACUAUGAUGAGCAGUCUUCAGCAGCAAAACCCUGGGACUGACAUUUUCCUCUUUGAGAACCACAUCUUCCCAGAAACAGUAUCUACUGACAUGUUCAACAUUUCACCCUGGAACACUGUGCCAGGAGUUAAUAUACUACAGCAUGUCUACAGGGAGCCUGACAGGAGAAAAGUAAUCAACCCCAAGAAAAUGAUAAUUGAUCCUCGAAAGGUGAUUCAGACUUCAGUGCAUUCUGUCCUACGUGCUUAUGGGAAGAGUGUGAACGUUCCCAUGGAUGUUGCCCUUGUUUAUCACUGUCGAGUGCCCCUUCAAGCUGACCUUCCCAGGGAGUCUCUCAUCAGGGACACAACACUGUGGAGAUACAACUCAUCAUUAAUCACAAAUGUUAACAAGGUGCUAUAUCAAACCAUUCUGUAAGCUCGAAAGUGAAACCUUGGUUAUAAGGAGGGAAAGUGAAGAGCUGCACAUAGCGUGGGGCAGCAGAGAGUAUAAUUAAACAUCACAUUAAAAUAAUUUCCACAUGAAGUUUACAUCUUCCAGAGUUUUAGGAGAAAAGUCUUUUAAUGUGCUGUACAGAGGUAAAUGUGAUUGACUUGUGGACUGGGACAUGGUGCCUUCUACUUGUCCACAGUCCUGUUUAAGAAAUGGGUUCCUCAGAUAAAAUCACUGCUGAAAUUUUGUAAAUGCAUGAACCUGUAAGCUACCUGAUCAACAAAUGAAUU